CAGAAGUGCAGUUAGUAACAAAAAAAAUGAUAUCUCCACUUGUUGCCCUCUGUCUGAUCGUUGGGCUCUCGUCCUCCGGUGCUCGCAAACCAGCAAAGUAUACCCUCUGCACCUUCGAUUCGGUCAGCUCGGACAAGUGUUUGGCUGUGGUAAAGGCAUCCAGGGAUGCCAAUCGAGCAUCUCCAUUGCAAUGCGUUUCGCGAAGGAGUCGCACUGACUGCCUGCAGACGGUGAAAAACGAAGAUAAUCAUUAUGUGGUGCUCGAUCAGCAUGAUUAUAUGGCAGCGCGUGAGGCGGGUCUUAGUCCGAUUAUAUUUGCACGCGAAGAGCGAGAGAAUUUCAUUAUAGCCGUGACAGCAAGGAAUAUCAGUCUCAUCGAGUACAAUGAGGCUACACUCAAUUUGGACACUAGCGAUGAGAGAGCCUUCCAUUCCGCGCUGGCAUUCAAUGCGCUACGCGGACGCAAUAUCUGCCCGGAUAGCCCGUCCAUAGCUCAGCGUAGAUCCAUACGAAUUUUGAACUCAGAUCAGUAUAAACCCUUGAACAGCUCGGAGGAUAUAUUGCUGUGUCCGUUUGCUACCUAUGCGGAGACAAAUGCCUUUGCCUCGUGCAACUAUGAUGCGGGUCUACAGAAUGCCGUUUUUGUUUACCAGAAGCGAGGAUUUAAGCCACGCAAAGUGAAGGAAUUGAGACGACAAUUGCUUGAUUUACUGCACAACUUUAAUGGCUAUCAGUUUUUCAAUUUCUUUGAUACAUUCCAGAGCGUAAACGAUGUGAUAUUCAAGAACAACACAAUUGGAUUUGAUCUGCGGCCGAGCUAUGUGAAUGGCAUCGAUGAGAGUGUCUUCAGCGAAUUGCAUUGCAAUGAAUCUGAUCACAAGGACCAUCCUGGACAAUUGGGUGAUGAUUUGGAGACCACAAAAUGAUUAGUUUUUCCCUUGCGAUCCUCGUAAUAGGUGUCGUGAACCGAUCCGCUUGUCGCACAUAAAUUAAACAGAAAAGCAUCAGCAGAAGCAACAAAACAUCAGCAGCAGCAGCUGACUGAUGUCGUCGCAGCUAAUUAACAGUUUUGUUAUAAAUUACACUUAAAGUCA